AUGAGAAUAAAUUUUAUUAGAGAGAAAGAGAAUAAUAAAAUAUUUAAAGAAUUAGUACAUGUGAACUCUAGAAAGUUGUUUGAUGACUAUAUGAGUAUGAUUCCACGUGAUCAUAGUAAAGGUCUAGAAUUUAAGGUUGUCAUCAAUGAAUUUAUCGCUCCAAAGAAGAUGACGGUGCUACUGCGUCUGUUGUAUGUCAACAAUCGUCUUCGAUCGGACUUUCAACAUGAAGACACCUACCUAGCGGUACUUGACGGUCUGUUUUUAUUGGAUGCGCUCUCCAAGCAAUUUUCUCUCCAGGUCAACGCAAAGAAAGUUCCACUCUAUCCAAUCGAUAUCAACGAGGAAAUCAAUGAGAAUGUUGCACCGACUUCAGCACUAGAAUGCAUACUCAAAAUUAGAUUGGUUCAUUUCAAAUUAGCAAUUUCAUUAGCGAUGAAUUAUAAGAAUGCACCGAUUUCUAUUAUUCUGAAAUUGUUUUCAAUUGCUGCCAAUAAAUAUUCUACCUAUGGACUAAGAAGAGCGAUCCCCUUUUUAAUUCGUGAGUUUUCAUAUUGUCCUGAGAAUUGCUAUACUAUUAUCAAUGGAGGCGGCUUGUUGGUAUUGAAAUACUAUGAUGCACUUCGCUAUGAACAUGGAUAUUUCGAAAGACAGAUGGUCAACUCCCUCUUGGCACAAAUUAAACGAAACUCACCAAAGUUGCAACUAGACAAACUGACACCAGAGUAUCGAUCUCUAUUUCAAUCGGAAGCAAAGAGUCAUACCGUCAGAACAUUUGCAAGAAAUGCACUAGCAAUAUCAUCUUCUUUUCUCUUUACUUUUUAUUAUACAAAUAAUUUCAUUACAUCAACAGUAUCAGCUAUUUUGAUUCCUUUGUCAAAUCAAAAAAUUGAUGCUUUUAAUAUAAGAAGAUCGAUUGUAGCAUUAUUGUCAAACUUUGCCUCUGCAAGAUUCAUUCCAUUAUGGGAAAUCAACAAGGUUGUAUCAUAUGCAGCUACCUGGCUAGAGACCAUCGUUAGUUCACUUGAUCUUAUGUCUCACAACAUCUAUACUGAGAAACAACUCGACGAAUCAGUACCUUCAAUCGAAUCAAUAGAAAGAGGAUCACUAGCUUCAGAAAUAAAAAACAACAACCCACAAUCACCUGACUUAGCUAAUUUAAUAAUUAAAUAA